GACCGCCACAAGACCUUCGUUGAUGACGUGUUCAUUGCGACGGCCAGGGUCGGGGAGGGUGGGAAGGCAGAGGAUGCGUUCGAGUGCUUCGGUUGCACUGACUGCGUGGACUUCGCCAGCCGCAACCUUCCAGGGUGCGCGUUUGCGGACGUCGUCCGCGACAAGAAGGAGGGCGAUAAUUUCGCCCAGGAGAUGGAUGGGGCCAUGAACAUAGGCGAGAGCGACGAGGCGCCCUUCGGCAUCGAGGCUGGCGAGGGCUCGCAGAUAGGCGGCACCCUCUUCGAGGACUACCUUGCGCCCAACCACCACCAGGUCGUGUCGACGUGGAAGAAGACGCCGAAGCAGUUGCGCCUCAGGCCCCUGAAGUGGCGCGGUCGGAACGGCGUUGAGACCACGGUGUACCACAUCAAGGAGAACGACAACAGUUGGCCGAGGCUCCGCUUGCACAGCGAGUCGUUCGACUACGUGAUGCAGAACUUGAUGCAGAAUGGCAUGGGUUGCUUCGCCUCGCAGCCCGACAGGGUGACGGCCGCCCAGGCUCGGGACACGAGCAAUCCGAGGCGCGCUUUCUCGACCAUCCGGCUGCCGACCGUGGGCGCCGUCAACGACAGGAGCGCGGAGUUGGGCGGCGGCAGGGUUCAGCUGACGGACGUCUCGCCCCGCGCUGCUGGCCGCGUGCGGGUCAGCGAAGUACCUCCCGCGCUGGCGCCCUCCCCCAGGGGUUCUGGGGCAUGGGUGCAAAGCGGCUCAGGGUCAGGGAAUCCUCCAGCUUUGGCCAUCGGCGACGUGCCUGACCACGAACGAGAGGAGGGCGUCGAGGACGACGACGAGGACUUCGAGGUCCCGAGGGAUGGCACAGCGUGCUACGUCGACUCGGCGGUCUCGGGCACGGGCCGCGCGCCUCAGCUUUCGCCUACCAGCGAGAGGGGCCCAAGGACGCCUGGCAGCUUGCUUCGCGGCAGCAGCGGCACGGUGCUUCCCUCUGGGGGCCGCUAUGGCAUUCCUUCGGAUAUCCAGAAUACCUCGAACGAGUUCCAGAAGGGUACCUCCGAGCAUUGGAUUCACGACCUGAACUUGACAUGCAUCAUGGCUGGAGAUCGAAUGGAGACGCUCCAUCCAGAUACCUUGAACAAACACAUGGCGGAGCUCACGGAGGCAGGGGCGGUGAUCCCUGCAGCCGUUCAGCUCAAACUUGUCAAGUACGGGGGGAAAAAGGAUUACGACGUCUGGAGCAAGGGCCAGGCGAGACUUCCCAGCAGCAGCAAGGCAUCCGUGUUCGUCGAGGAGGUGCUGAUCUCCUGCCUCAUCCCGCUCAUUCUGGGCGACGCCCCUAUGGAGCGACAGGUCCUCGACUUCAUCGAGACGGCCUUGGUAUUCUUCCAGCUCCCCGAGGAAUGCGACAUCUCCGAGGAUUGCGCUCAGGCCAUUGUCGAGGUCAAGCAGAUAUGCGAGCCGAUCCAGACGGCAGCCUCGAAAACCAUCGGGAAGUCCGCGCAGAAAGACACCUACACCGACAUCGGCACCUUGCAGGCUGCUGGCGGCCAAGCAGGGGCCGCAGACGCUUGGGCGCAGGUCGGGGCUGCUCUGGGGCAGUCGCCCCACUGGAAGACGCUCCUGAAGAACGUGAUCUCCAGGGAGAAGGUCUACCUGGAGCUGUCGCCUCUAGUCGCCCCGGACUUGUCCGAAGUCGAGGCUCUUUCGAAGACGAUUGAUGUGAAUGCCUUCCCAGUGCGG